GCAUGCGCAGAAACACGUUGUUUCUGUAUUCUGCUACUUUGCUGUGUCCAUUUCGUCUCUUUCCCCUGAGAUUAUAUCAUAUAUAAGGACAUAUUACCUCUCUAUCUUCUUUAUUUAGUGAGGAAUCCGUCAAGAUGGCGGCUGGAGAUGAUUCUUCUCAGGGCAUGAAGCUCAAGGAAGCGAUGAAGGAAGUACUCAAGGAGUCUCUGAAGCAUGAUGGGUUGGCAAGAGGUCUACGUGAAGCUGUAAAGGCAUUGGACAAACGUCAAGCAUAUUUGUGCAUUGUUGCUAAGAACUGCUCUGAGGCUGGUUAUCUUAGGCUGGUCGAAGCACUCUGCAAGGAACACCAAAUCAGUCUCCUGAAAGUGAACUAAUGCCUACACCUUCUUACCUUGCACUAUGUACACGAUCCUCUUUCUGUUGUUAGGUAGAGGAUAAGGAAGAACUGGGCGAAUGGGUUGGUCUUUGCAAGAUUGAUAAAGAUGGCAAGCCAAGGAAGAUUGUUAAAUGCAGCUGUGUUGUUGUAAAGGAUAUUGGUACUGAUACUGAAGCUUGGAGUACUGUACAAGAAUACAUAAAGACCCAAACAGCUGCUGCUGUUUGAUGAAUUGAACCACCAUUCAAUUGAAUGCCUAUUGCUUUUUUGUUUAAUAUGAUUUCUUUAACUUUAAUUUGUCAUAAUGAGUGUCUUACUAUACUAUACUGUGGCUCAACAUUUUUGGGGUGUGGCCUAUUCAUAAUGGCAGAUACAGAUGCUCCAGAAUACAUUAUACUUAAAGAUCACCUCGCUGAUAUUAUUGAUUUAUUAUCUGGGAAUGCUCCAGUCAUUGCACAGUUUUCAAACCACCUCUUCUCAUCUAGUCUCAUUCCUAAAGAGGUACAUCUCAAUCAGAAGAGCAGUCCUUUAGAUAGAGCCACCCAGCUUAUUAAUUCAGUUUUUUCUACAAUUGGAACUCACUCUAAUCCUAGCAGUGUCUUUCGUGGGCUUGUUACUUCAUUAGAAAAAGUUGGCCUCACUGACAUGGCUAAGAAACUUCAACAAAGUCUUGGAGUGAAAACCCAUGGCAUCCGGCCACUUAUAGCAGCUGUUUCCCAAUCACCAACUGUGAUUCAACUCAGCUCUAAAGAUGAAGUAGCACAAAACAUUGACAGUCUCUACGACCAAUUUUCUGACCUUGUUACAGAUCUUAGGGAUCGAUUUGAAAAAUUAGUAUCUGAGGGUAAAAUAAAACUAGUACAAGUUACUCGACAGGCUGCAGAAUAUUUACGAAGGCCAGUGAAAAGCUUACAAGCAGAUGACAUUGAUGAAUUGUUUGACUCUCUUCAGCCUCAUUAUGAUUUUCUCAACUGUAGCUUACUUAGAAAGCUCAUCAAUAAGUUUCUUGCUGGUGAUGAAUUGCAUUUGUCAUUAUCGCAAUACAUUAAUAGGAUGGAUAAACUAUUAGAAUCAUCACAAUUGAAGCACAUUCGAUCAGCUAUCAAAGAAAAGCUAUCGUUUUUAUCAUCCCCAACUACUGGUGAACACACUAUACUUGUUGUUUUUGAGCUACACAGCAGAUGGGAAGAAUUGACUUUAGAAAAUUUCAAGAGAGUCCUUAGUCAUUACUUUGGAUCAAAUGCUGAUCUCUUUAGUCACAUUUAUUUUGACUAUGGAUCACUUGUUGUUAAGAUGUUGAUACCUACCUCAAUAUUGCAGUUUGUAGCAGAUAUACUUAUUGCCAAAAGAAGCUCAAUGAAUGGAAUCGGCAUUUUUCAAGUUGCUAUUAGUGGAAGGACAAUGUUGAGCAUAGAUAGCACUGAUAUUAAUUUUGAAAAGUCACUUAUGGAUUCAAGAGAUGAUUUUGAAGCAACAAUAUUGUUGAGGUUAGGAGCCAACCCAUCCAGUGAAGAUGAUGAAGGUUUUGAAGAUUAUAUACCUCCUCAAAGAUACAGAACUAGAAGGCUACUGGCCAUCAGUAGUGAAGAAAGGGCUACUUACAUGGUUGCGGAUCAAAUUGGUCAACGAUUAUGUGAAUUAGGAGAUCGUAUGACUAUUAGAGAAGACUUACUUAACGACAUAUUGGCAGAAUCUGGAACAGUUCGCUUCAACCAAUUUCUAGCUCCAGCUUUAGAGACACUUAUGCUAAGAAGUCAAAGCCUGAGUAUAGUUUCUGCUACUAUUUUUGGAGGAGUUUGUGGAAUGGCUGUCACUAGACUUGUUAUUAAGAUUAAUGGUGUUGAUGGUACAUUUUUCAUGUGUUUUGCAGUAGGGGGCUCAGUGGGAGCAUUUGCAGGGACCACAGCUUUUGACAAAUUAAUGGGAUAUCCUGGUGGCCAUUCUCGCAGAGUUACUAGAUAUAGGAUUGCUGUAGAUGUUGCUCGUACAUUGUUGGGGAUAGGGUUAAUAUUACUAUUAUUUAUUACUGCUAUAAGUGUGAGUUUCAGUAUGGCUGGCUCAUUUUUAAAUUUUCGUUAUAACUAUGAGACUCAUACUGUGUCUGUUUUCUUUGGAGCAUUAAUGGGAGCAGUAAGUGCUUUGACUGUAGGCCCAGAGCCAAUUAUUGGACAAAUAUCAUCAUCCGGUUAUGGUACAAGAUCUAGUGUUGGAUUGAGUGUUUUACGUGCUUGCAUUGGAAUAGGAACUGGAGCAAUGGUUGGAUCAGUUGCUCUUAGUAAUUUCAUUCCUUAUAACUAUUUCAAAGCUGCAACAAUUUUUAUGGGUGGUCUAAUUGGAGCUUUUAUUGGUUAUAAGUACUGCUCAAACCUUUUAUCUCACUAUUAAUAAACAUUUCAUCAAAAA